AAUUAAAGCGCAGUUAUGGUGGUGGCAUGCAGUGGCGCCGUGGCGCUAUGGUGGCACCUCGUGCGCCGGUGGUGUAGUGGCGUAGUUGGUUGGUUCUUUCAUGUUGUUUCAUGGCAGGCGAGGCGGAAAGUCCGCGUGGCUCCGCUGUUCCGCUACCGGCGUAACCUUCAAGCGUGGCGACGGACGCCCCUAGAACCGACCAGUCACUCUAGUGACGCACCAGCAAGUGAGAUGCAACCGGUCCGAUCAUCAGACCACGGUAAAGAAUCGUCAUCUGAUCAAGGCAGCCUAGUGGGACAGCGUGCCCUGUCUGCUGAAGACACAGGAUGCUGUCGGACAGAAUCGUCAUGUAAUGACAUCACCGCAGAAAAAAUGAAAAGGUCCCCAUGCGCUGAGAACAACAACGCAGAAGUACUGUCCGAGGACGUGUUGGCACAAGUAGCAGAAAUUGAAGCACACGCUGCCACUAAACCAGUAAAAACAGCUGUGUCAAAAAGAAGGCCUAAAAGAACUGCAGCGGCAGUAUGGACAAAUGGGGAUCUGUGCCUUCGAGCAGUGGAACUAAGCUGUCCAGCCCCAGUUGCUGAGAAGGCUAAACAGUUCCGCCAUGAGAGCCUCUAUGGAGGUCGGAUUCACAGAAUGUCAGUUGGAGCUUUUCUUGGGCUGCAGAAGAAGAAAACAGUCAGGAGAAGAGCAAUGAAAGUGGUUGUGCAACGUGACUAAUAUUUUGUAUUUUGACCAAACAGUUGCAUCCAUUAUGUAUAUACAGAGAUCAUGUUUGUAAUAAUAAAAAACUCUUUCGCUGA